AUUUCGUUAAGUUUUGUCUAAGUGAACAGACAGACCAGGCAGGCCGCAACAAAAGAAUUCCGCACAAACAAAGAAAUAACGGCCAGUAGUUCUACAUGCAGAUAUAACCGAUACAGCGGAACGCUUAAGAAAAUCGGAAAAAAGGAAAUACGAGAAGAAGAAAACAUUUUAUUUCAAUUAUUUCAAAUUGUGUGUUCGGUGUUACAUCUCCGCGAUUGUCAUGGCAAAAUUAACCAAUACAUUUUUAUUGAUCUGUUUAAUAUUCAGCGUAAUGCUGAUGCUGACCUGUCUACCCCACUCCGUUGAAAGUGUUACGCAUUCGAAUCAACAUUGCAAAGAGCUAAAUCAAUUCAAUUGCUAUUCGGGUAAAAAUGAAGGAUACUAUUGCAACAGCAAGGAUCAGACGACGACACAAAUCAGAUGGUACUACGACAAGGGGACAUGUCACAAAUUCAAUUACAAAGGCUGCAAUGGCAAUCGCAAUCGUUUCUGCAGCAAAGAGUCCUGUUUGAACCGGUGCUAUGGCUAAAUUCGCCAUAAAUAAUUGCCACAGUAAAACAUUUAUUUUUUUUACAAAAUACUUUUUUAGAAAUUAUAAAAACAUUUAAACAAAAAUAAAUAUUAUUAC